UAGAAUGUCCGGACUCUGCACCUAUAUAUAAACUAACACCACUUAAAUUCCGGCCUCAGCUCAUACUUUGUAUGCACGACGUAAGCAGACGCAAAACAGAGUUUCGUCUUAGUCUCGUCGAUGGAGCGACCGGUCGACACUACCGGGACUCGGGACGAUUUUCGUGCCAUCCGUUAUACUAGGCUCCAAUGUUCAUGCCAAAUGAUGAGAAUAAUCCAUCCGAGAUCCGGUGGGUUCCCCCGACCAGACUGAUAAGUUAAAGGUGAUUGGUGUAUUGUAUCAGUGUUGUAUGAAUCGGUGCCCUUGAAUGAGAGUAUUUACGCCAGACGCUUCCACGAUGAAAAGCGGCCAGCACAUUCAGAAUAUCGCUUUCCUGAAGCACUGAUAUCAAAAUCUACCCACCAUUCUUGAUCUCAUUCCAGAGCAACAAGGCUACUUCCAAGAUGGGGAUCGCAAAUUUCGUUUACACGCAAUAUCGCUGCCUGCCCAAGCCCACAGGCUCUUAUAUCGGCAGGACCGUCAUCGUCACCGGCUCGAAUAUCGGUCUUGGAAAGGAGGCCGCACGCCACUUCGCGCAACUUGGGGCGUCAAUCGUGAUCCUCGCUGUGCGUUCUCUCGAGAAGGGCGAGGCGGCGAGAGAAGAAAUCACCGCUAGCACUGGCGUUAGCAAAGAUGUCAUGAAAGUGUGGAAACUCGACAUGGCUUCCUACCAAAGUGUGCUGGAUUUUGCUGCGCGAGCAGAAAACGAGCUGGAAAGAAUCGACAUAGCCCUGCUCAAUGCUGGAGUGUUCAGAAGCUCCUGGGAGACGUUUGAGCAAGAUGAAUCAACCAUCACUGUAAACGUAAUCUCAACGUUUCUGCUCGCUCUCGCUCUUCUCCCAAAGCUGAAGGAAACAGCCGAGAAAUUCUUUGUCCGUCCAAAUAUCACCAUGACUACCUCAGCAGUCCAUGAAUUUGCCUCGUUUCCUGAGCGCAAAGCUCCAGAUGGCCAAAUCUUCCAGCAACUUAACAAUAAAGCCGAGAAGCCAGAUAUGGCCGAACGCUAUUAUGUGUCUAAGCUCCUCGAAGUUCUCGCUAUCCGUGCAAUCGCGCAGCGCAGAUCGGCUGAUCAAAUCCCGGUAACUAUCAACUGCGUCUGCCCUGGGUACUGUCAUAGCGAACUCGCGCGUGAUCUGGGCAUGGGGCAGACGAUUGCCAAGGCUGUCAUAGCAAGGUCGGCGGAGGUAGGCAGCAGGAAUUUGGUCUGGGCGGCGAGCGCAGGCCCAGAGUGUCACGGACAGUAUGUCAGGGAUUGUGGUGUUGGAACUCCGUCGAAGUACGUACGAAGUACAGAAGGACAGAAGGAUCAGCAGCGGGUGUGGGAUGAGUUGGUCGUGAAGUUGGAACAGAUCAAGCCGGGUGUGACGAAAAACUUGUAGCUGUCUUGAACACUCUGUUAUGCCUCGGUUCAAGAAGGUUCCCACAAUUUGCUUUUAGGUUGCUCUUCAUUAUUUGAUAUCUCGUACAUUCUUUCCGUUUUAUUCAUGUUGUUCAUCAUGUCCAUCUAGACUUCUACAUCCCUCCCGCUCAGCAUCGCACCCCUCUUCCUCAUCCUCUCUUGAAUCAUCCUCUUACUAUACAUG